GACCUCAGCCAUUUAUAACCGACGAUCUUGAUCCUCACUAGCUCCUACGAAACAACUUUUUGGGUUCAAGAUGUUCAUCUGGUUUUGUAUUUUCGUUUUUGCUGCCUCCGGUUGCUGCGUAAACGCCGGGAACACGAUGACCGGUCGGUCACACAAAGUCCCGGUAAACAGCACCAAGGUUUUGAGGGCAGCCCAGUUCGCUGUGCUUGAAUUCAACAGAGCCAACGUAGAAGAGCAGUUUGCUUACAAAAUUGUGAACAUAACAUCGGCCAAAAUGCAGGUUGUCGCGGGAAUAAACUACAUCAUGGACAUGCUGCUGGGACGUACAAUGUGUAAGAGAAUCUACACUGCUGACAGUGAACCGUGUGUUUUACACUUUAACCCCAAGGAACUUCAGUGCCACUUCGUCGUAACAGAAAUCCCUUGGGAAGAUUCUCGUGCACUUACUCUAAAUAAGUGUCACCCAUAUAAUCAUUGACUGCUAUUCUGAUUGCUGCUGUUGCCAAGUAAACCGUUUUAACUGAA